GCCGCAGGGGUUUCUGGGAGGAGGCGUUCGCGUGUCGGGCCCGGAUUUCACGACUCGCGCCGACUGUGACCGUUGGAGAGAGCGCGUGAGGAGCUCGUGGUUCAGAAUUGGGAAGGAGUAGGGAGAGGUUUGGCCUGGGUGAGAGCGCUAGGACCCGGGGAGGGAGAGCGGGCUGCGAGAUGUCCCGGCUCAUUGUGAAGAACCUGCCGAGCGGGAUGAAGGACGAGCGUUUUAAAACACUAUUUGGUGCCUUUGGAACAUUAACAGAUUGCACGUUAAAGUUCACAAAGGAUGGAAAAUUUCGAAAGUUUGGAUUUGUUGGUUUCAAAACAGAAGAGGAAGCACAAGCUGCUUUAAAACACUUCAAUAAGAGCUACAUCGACACUUCCAGAAUUGCUGUGGAGUUUUGUAAAUCAUUUGGGGAUCCAGGACUGUCCAGACCAUGGAGCAAACACUCGCAGAGGAAUCAGGCUGGGCAAAUUCCAAAAAAGACAAAAGAACAAAGUUGCAAAAGUGAAGGACCAAAGGAUAAACAGAAGAAGUCUGUCAUUGAAAACCUGGAGCACCUGAAGGAAGAUGAUGAAUUUGAGGAAUUUCUGGCAGUACAUCAGAACCGUUCCAAUGUACCAACCUGGACUAAUGAUACUUUACCUGCAAAGAAAAAGGAUGCAGCGCAGUUGGCUGAUUACCUGAACUUUGAUUCUGAAGAUUCUGAAGAAUUGAGUCAGGAGCAGGAGGACACUAUUAAAGAACCAAAAAGCAAACAAAAGCAAACAGAAGAAAAUGUUGCAUUGAGAAAUGAAGUAUCUGACAUGGAUUACUUAAGAUCAAAAAUAGUGAAGGCUGAAGGCGAAUCUGAAAGUGAUGAUGAAUCUGAGGCAGAUGCAGAAAAUAAUCUGAAAUUAUCCACUGAGGGAAGUAGCUUAUUACAUACAGACAGCAAUUGUGAAAGUGGAGAAAAAAAGCAGGAUAACAAACAGAGGGAAGAAACACAACUGGAGAAAAAGAAACAACAAAAUGAACCAACUACACCAUUUACUUUGAAGCUGCGAGGGGCCCCCUUCAGUGUGAAAGAGAAACAAAUACGGGAAUUCUUUGUUCCGAUAAAACCUGUGGCUAUCCGAAUUGUCAAAAAUGCAAAUGGAAACACAACAGGCUUUGUAUUUGUUGAUUUUGAGUCAGAAGGUGAUCUUGAAAAGGCAUUGCAAAGAAACAAAGACUACAUGGGUGGAAGAUAUAUUGAACUUUUUAGGCAGAACAAUGCUCAAACAACUAAACCAGAUAGAAAAAAUGUUGACCCAAAAUGGCUAAAAAGGGAAAAGAAAGAAGACGAGGAGGAAGAGGAUAUCUCUGACUCAGGAAGAUUGUUUGUUCGAAACUUAUCUUAUACGUCGACAGAAGAAGACUUAGAAAAAGUAUUUUCUAAAUAUGGACCAUUAGCGGAGAUUCAUUUUCCUAUAGACAGCCUAACCAAGAAACCAAAAGGCUUUGCAUUCAUCACGUACAUGAUGCCUGAACAUGCUGUGAAGGCCUUUGCUGAAUUAGAUGGGGAAGUAUUUCAGGGCAGGAUGAUGCACAUUUUACCAUCUACAGUAAAAAAGGAGAAGGCUGAAGACAGUGAAACAUCAGGCCUCUCUACUUACAAGAGAAAUAAAGCAGCGAAAGACAAGGCCAGCAGUAGCAGCUCACAUAAUUGGAAUACUUUAUUUAUGGGAACGAAUGCUGUUGCUGAUACAAUAGCAGCAAAAUAUAAUGCUACAAAAAGCCAAGUUCUAGAUCACGAAGGAAAAGGCAGUGUUGCAGUCCGCAUGGCCCUGGGUGAGACAGAGAUAGUACAAGAGACCAGGCAGUUCUUGAUAGAUAAUGGAGUUAGGUUGGACUCUUUCAGUCAGGGUGUUGGGAAGAGAAGUAAAACAGUUAUCCUUGUAAAGAAUAUUCCUGUUGGAACACAAGCGGAAGAAUUGGAGAAAGUAUUUAAGAAGUAUGGAGAUCUUGCACGUGUUUUACUUCCACCAGCUGGCGUAACUGCCAUUGUGGAAUUCCUAGAACCUACAGAGGCAAAACAGGCGUUUACAAAGCUUGCAUAUUCCAAGUUUCAGCAUGUACCACUUUACCUUGAGUGGGCUCCAAUGGAUGUGUUCUGUUCCUCAACCCCAGAGAUAAAAAAACCUGAAGAGAAACAAAGUAAUACAGAUGAAGGUGACCAAGCAAAGGAUGAAAAUGAAGCAGAUAAUUUGAGUGUCAGUGAAGAAGAACAUCUUCCAGGAUGUACUUUAUUUGUGAAAAAUUUAAAUUUUUUGACAACUGAAGAAACUCUGGUGAAGACAUUUGAAAAGUGUGGAUCAUUGAAGAAUUGCAGUAUAUCGAAGAAGAAAGACAAAACAGGUUCUCUUUUAUCAAUGGGAUAUGGUUUUGUGGAAUAUGCAAAAUCUGAGUCUGCUAACAAAGCACUAAAACUGUUGCAGCAUUGUAUGGUGGAUGGUCAUCAACUAGAGUUGAAGAUAUCAGACAGAGCUACAAUCUCUGUGAAUCCAACUAGAAAAUUCCAGAAAACAAGGAAACAAACAGUCUCCAAAAUCCUGAUUCGCAAUAUUCCUUUCCAGACAAAAGUGAAGGAAAUCCGUGAGCUUUUCAGUACGUUCGGAGAAAUAAAGACUGUGCGACUGCCUAAAAAAAUGGGCGGAACUGGUGCACAUAGGGGCUUUGGAUUUGUAGACUUUGUUACAAAGCAAGAUGCAAAGAAAGCCUUCAAUGCUCUUUGCCACAGCACUCAUUUGUACGGUCGACGAUUAGUACUGGAAUGGGCAGACUCUGAAGAUACAGUGGAGACAUUACGCAGAAAGACAGCUGAACAUUACCACGAUUCUCCAAAAAAGAAAAGGCAGUCAGAGAUCCUGGACGAAAUUAUGGAAGAAAAAGACUAGAUAAUUUUAUUUCUUUCAAUGUAAGUAAUUUUGUCUGCAUUUUUGCUCCCUGUUGAUCUUGUGCAAAUAAAAUUCAGGGAAUUUAAUAUUAAGGAGAUUCCUGCGUGUGUGCAGAAAGCAUAUCCUACAGAACUGAAAGACACGUUUAAUCCUUUGAACCUUUUUAAUAUAUUAAUUGUACCAUAUUAAAUUGGUAAAUUUGACACAAAAUAAAUUGUAUUUAUUUUAAUGAAGGAGAUGCAGAAUUUAGAAAAGCAAAAAUAAUCAACUUACAACUACCAUGCCAGAAGCUAAAAUUGUUCUCCUAAGAACUUUUGGAACUUAUUUGUCAUUUAACUUAGUUAAAACAUUGGUCUGGUACUGGAUUGAACAAGAAAGGCAACCAGUUGGGUUGAAGGAUUGUACAAUUAAUUGUGCAAGGAUUGGCAUGGACAUGCAAAGUAGAGUGGGUAAAAUAGAGGGGGAAGGGUAAAUUGAGGGGGAAAAGAUACAACGCAGAAGUAAAUAAAUGCAUGUUUUACAUUGUAAUUUUUAAAAGAUUUCAAAAACAAUUAAAAAGUGUAGGAUUGACAUUGUAUAAUAUUAUUGGUUAAUUUUCCAUGACAGAAAGGUUCCUUCGCCUUAAUUACAAUUAACAUGUUAUAAAAAAUGCUUUGCCUGGAAUAGCUAAGAUUUAACUUUUUGUGCUGAGUUUAGUUUGUAUAUAUUGCACAAAUGCACUAACAUUGUACAAUAGUGAACCACUCAGCACUUUUGUGAUUCUAAUGACUAAAACACCCUUUGACCACAACUGUUUUCUCACAUUUAACUGUGCAUCUGCUCCUCACCUGAAGCUGCUGUGCCAUUUGGGGGGGGGGGAGGAGAGAAAGUAACAGUUUGUGCUGUUUGAUUCAUCAUUAUUCUAACACAAAAAUCUAGACAGUUGAGAUAAGCCUUCAAAUAUGUUGCAAAUAGGUUUUGAAGAGAAACCAGAUGCAAAUUCAGUUUCAAGAAUAUUUAUAAUUUUUUAAAGAAAAUUGAAAUAAUGCAAUAUGAAUGAGAUUAAGUAGAUCCUGAAAGAGCAUACAGUAACAUUUCUAGUAACAUUGCUGAAUAUAUAGCAUAAAGUCAGUGUUGCAUGUAACAGUGUUGAUCACAGAAUUAUUUAAUGAGAACUGAAUAAAAAGUUUUACAUGUGUUGUGAAAUUGUGACAUGUCAAAGCCAAAAACAAAAACUUUAGUUAGUAACGAACUGUCAGGCAUUCCCUGAAGCAGAAUAGUAAAUUCCAUAAAACAUUGCCUGUAUCGAGCUGAAAUUUCAUGCUCGUAACCCAUGAUUAAUCCUGACAACAUUGCCAAAGCCAACCUUGACUCAACUUGUCAUAUGAUCAUGCCAACCAAUCAGAACAGUGUUAGACCACACGAGUACAAUAUCAUGGAGUGCUGGAUAAACUAUCAUUUGACGUCGAGACCUCCCUGUUAAAGAACACGCAAAGCCUGCAGGUAUGAUUAAGUUGGUGAAAAAGUUAAAAGUGUUGUUGAUUGAAAGGAAGAUCAAGUUUGUACAGCAAGUGGAAAACUGUUAAAUGAAAUGGAAAGCAGAUAUCACAAAGAAAUGGAUUGUUUGUCUAUCAUUCUGAAACACAAGGGAAACAACUUGGAACUAUUCAAUGAGCAGAGAGUCUGUCCAGCAUGAGAGGGAGUUAGAGUCUCUGCCUAUCCAGAUAGUAAAAUUCAAGGCAGUCCAAGCUGAGAAUGUUUUCAUCUCCAUUCCAAUCCUGCAGAAAAGAGCAGGGACAUGGGGUUUACCUCAGCCGAUUCAAGGCAAGACCCUGCAUCAUUUUCCACUUGGUAAGCAGUAAGAAUGUGGUCACUCUGGCAGCAAUGACAGAUAAUAGACUCCAAAACCAAAACAGUCUCAUUCACGGCUUAGCAGAGUAUACAUUAUUUUUUAUAAGGUUAGGCUAUUGCAAGAUGUGCACAAAUGAAUAAAGGCAUUCUCCCAGGCUUUACUCAGUUUUCACCUGGAAUUUGAAUCUGUUUUGUUUUGAUAUUUACUAUGCUUCUAGAUAUAAUGGUUACGAAGAGAUACAUUAAUGUGGAAUUUGGUUGUCCUUCACCUAUCAUGAUGCUCUACUUAACAAGAAUUUGAGUGUGGAUCCCCUGGGAUUCAACUCAUUGUGAUGUUCCUAUAUUUGACUAAAUAAAAUCAGGCUUUUCUCAGAA